ACAGUUAAUUCGAAAAAUGAGAAUAUCUUGAACAGCGAAUUGAUGGUGAUGGCACCCUCCUCAACAUCAGAAACAGUGCCUGAACCAGAUGUACCGGAAAAACACAAAGAAUUAGAAACUGAGAUAGCGCAACUGAAACUGCGACUACGUGAACGAGACCGUGUGAUAUUUGAUCUGGAGGAACAGAUUCGAGGGAAGGAUGCGAUUAUCGUAGAUAAAUGCCAGCUUAUUGAGCGUCUUGAGCAGCCUCUCUACGAUCGAUUUUCACCAGAGGGCUCAAUCGAAGAAACAUCGCAAAGUACGAUUCAAUAUAUGCCACUGAUUAAUAAUAUUGAGCUGAGUGUGGAAGCAAAACUACUGGAAGAAUUGCAGGAAGAAAAAAACUCACGAGCGAAGCUUGUCGAGCAGAAUGAAUUUUUACUGCAGCAGUGGGAUGAAGCAUUAGCUUAUGUGCAAGGGAAGUUGAAGGCCGAACUACAACGCGCAAAUUCGUUAAUUGACGAGAAUGCGAAGUUGCGAAAACGGAUCGCUGAAACAGUUGUGAUUUCGAAAAGUGGCAUACAAUUCAUUGCACUGCUAUUUGUUUUAUUUAGCCUUUACUUAUACACCUGGAAUUGA